CAUCUGGUAACACUGCCCAGGCCGCAAAUGGAAUGGAUUUUCGAGAGCUAGAUAAAUUAAACUGGCGUUUGCAUCUGAGUAACAAUAACAAUAUCGUUAAUUAUAGUGCGAACCGACACCUCGGUCCUGAUGCGGCUGAAGAGCGACGCCCGGAGCUCUUAGUCAGCCAAGUCAAUUGUGGGACCGGUGUAAAUACAAUGGGCACAAAUCAAAAACGAGCAGCAACAACAUCAGCGCAGGCCGUAGCGGUGGACGAGCAGGUCGUGGGAGCCGUGGGUGGUGGCGGGGCAAAGGCAGAGGAGUGCCCUGCAGCGACCAUGGCCGCAGAGGAUGGUGAUAAGGUGGAAAGUCCUUCUUACUGCGAACUGGAUCUGGACGUGGCAAGCUACGGGCUAGCAGCAGCUGCCCUCUCAUCCUUUGAAGCCGCCGCCUGUGGCUAUAAUUCCAGCCGAACUUCCAUAAACAACUCAACCGAAAACCUGAGCUAUGCCAGUGACAAUAUUUACGGCGACGAUAUAAUUUUGCUGGACGACAACGACAUGAACGCGGAGGAGAUAUCUAUCAACUCCGACGACUGCGUCUACGCUUACCGUGGUGAAGGGGCUGAUUUUGACAUGAACAUGGAUAUCAUCGCCACGGGAAGGGUUGGCGGGCAACACUUCGACCUUGGCCGAGGACCAGUGAAUGCUAUGGGAGGCGAUAGCCUCAUUUACGGCGAAGAUGAGACGGAGUUUCUUGAAAUGGACUUUGAGCCAGACCCCUCAUCAGAGUUGGAGCUUGUUGGCGGAACCACCGAUAUGACCAUCCAGCCUCAGGCCAAUUUGUUGUUAAUGCAACGCGACUAUAGCCAAAUGAACAGCAUAGGCGGAACUACUUCUACGCAGGAAGGAAAGCUGCACAGCUCGCCCAUAGAUGAUUUUCCGCAGGAGGACCUAAUGCAGCAGCAAAAGCUACGCCUUAGUAAGAAGUUCGCGCGCAUCAGCUUGAAUUUAGAUAAAAUCAAAGACGUUGGUGCUGGUGGAAGUGGCGUGGACAUAGAUUUAAAUGAGCUAAUAGUUAUUGGCUCGGAAAAGCAGGCUGAAUCCUCCGGAAGCUUUCGGUCAGUGAAGUCUUAUCAGGCUCAUUCCUUGCCCAACACAUUGCACACAGGCUCAAAUUUUUCGCGCAGCACUAGUGUCCCCAGCGAACACCCAGAGCCUAAGCUGACUGGUGCUAAGCCAAAGCGUUUUUUGCACACCUCGUCUGUGAUGACUAAAAGCUCCUCAUAUAAGUCGCGGCGCUCUCAUACAUCAGCUAGCUUUGAUGAACGUUGCUACAGCUGCACUGAUUUCCGGGCAACAACAUGUCAGCAGCAACAGUCAGGGUCGAAGUCAAAGCAAGAUCAAGUGCCUCCUAUACUGGUGGCUCCUGCGACUGUUGGGGCUUUGACCACGUCUUCUUCGUGCACGGGCCAAUUUGACUUGGGAAUAACCGAGGAGAACUGCUUAGACUGCCUAGAAAAGGAGUUCUUGGCCAAUACCAUAGGCAAAGUCGUAGACCCGGGAACAUGUCCUAAGUGUCGUAGAUCAGCUGGCAGUCGGGGCAGUAGUAUUUCGCUUUACUCACGGUCGGACCAGGUUCGCUGUCGAAGCGGGUCCCCAGUAUACUGCUAUGGAGGUCCGUUCGCCGGCUGGCACAGCUUAAUAGCAACCGGAAUUGUUUCUGGUUCCAAUUUGGGUCCACCCUGCAACCAAAGGUUUAUUUCGUGUGAUAAUAGUUUCAACGGUCUACAGCUCCUCAAUCAAGGCUAUCUGACUGAGCCACUGGUGGCAAGUCUGUCUACAGGAAAGACGUGCGACGAGGAGCACCUAGUGCAAGCGCUAGAUAAACUGCGCGUACCCUAUGACAGGGAGCUACUUCAUGGCUAUUUCAAGCAAUUGGCCAAGCGGCGACGGACGGAAAGUAGUGUCAAUCUCAAGCAGCUAUUAAUACAGGCCUCAAAGCAGCAGGGAAACCAUCGCAAGCUCAAACGGUUGAUCGAGAUGGCGACCCACCAACAGCUUAUUGUACAAUUUAAGGGGAAAGCUGCAGACAAAACUGAAUGGGUGCCUAUAAAUGUAAGGGACAUACUUAAUGCCUGGGCACGUUGUCGAGAUCUUUCCCUCCUUCAGCAACUAGAUGACCGCUUUCAUUGCGCAAACGUGAUGGGAAAGGUUGGUCACAUCGUGCGUCAGGCAACAGUAGCAGCAUCCACACAAGCACAGGCAUCGUCGUCAACCUCCUUUUGUAAACGCACCCUGCCCGAAUAUUUAAUGAUCCCGCAGUAUUACAUGAGUGGGGUACUGACUCUAACCCGCAAAUGUUAGGACGUAUUUGCACAACCACUCAUUUAUUUUCACAUUAAGCCGGAUACACAUCAUCUCUCUAGAAGUGCUUAGCCCAGUUUUAUUGUUUAAUUUUUUUUAAUAAGUCAUCUUCCAUAUUAAAUCAGGUGAUCGCAUGGCCGUGACCCACCGCUUAAGUCGGGUUCAAAAGUCUCUCCGCUCUAAAAAAAAAAGAAAAUAAAGAAACUCAAAGUUUAGUUGGUGUUUAAAGCUCAAAAAUGUUUUCUAUGUAGGCCAUAAUAUACAGGUAUCAAUACAAAUAUAUGUAUCUGCCUCGCCUAUCAACGCCUUAUAUUGUAAUGUGCAUAUUUGUUUACGGAAUACGUAAUACAUAUGUAUGUAUGUACAUAUGUACAUAUACAUAUGUAAUUAUACCCGUUACUUGUAGAGUAGAAAGGUAUACUAGAGUCGUUGAAACAUAUGUAACAGGUACAUAGUUUUCCGGUCAUAUAAGGGAAAUAUAUAGCAUUCUCUCUUGUUUUGUUAUUCGAAUUUUGCAUUAGAUUGUUUUGCUAGCGAGUGAGCGCCAUGCGUUAGAAAUAAUUGUGACACAGAAGCCUAUUUAAAACAAACAUGGCCAGCAAGGGUAACAUAAGGUCACAGUUUUUUAAUUGUUUGACAGCAAGAAUUUUUAACGACUGCAAUCCAAGUGCUUAAACUUUUCUCAUAAGGCUGGCUGUGUUCUGCACGUCGUUCAAGGGCCGUGACGCAACAUAAUUGCUACUGCAGAUUUUUGGAUAAUAUAAAUAAAAAUAAUAUAAUAAAAAACAUUUUCUAACUCAACUCAUCUCAGUUGAUCAUCAUCUUCCUGAAUUCUUCUUUCGUCUUCGUUGUUACCCGCCUUUCGUUUUUAAUCUUACUUUAGCGUUAUAUAUAUAUACAUGUCUGAAAACAAAACAGUAUGAGAUACACACCACACAUAUAUUGGAAAAAAUAUUUCUCGGAUUGGUGGGCCAGCUCAAAGACAGGAAAAAGGCUCUACAUUCGAAUUAAGACAAUCAGAAUUUUAUUAUACUCUAUGCUUUUUAUAAGAAAGGGAUCUUGCAAGCGGUUUAUAACUACAUUGAAUUAGCUGAUAAGUUUCUACUAAGAGUUCCCUGCGUAUAGAACGACAUAUUUCUUGCUGGUCCAAAUUUUUGUGUUGCUUUAAAACUCACAAGUUAGUUUCUAGCACGUAUGAAUGUCACUGUUACUUUACAACGAAUCUAGUAUACUCUCUCUAUACGAGUCACGCGUAUAGUUAGUAAGCCGGCUACUAAAAAACAAAUCAAGAAUUUCUGCUGUUUUAAAUUUAAAAUUCAAUCUUCUUUAAUUACUUAUUUAACACUUCAACGGCCAGGAGAAUGUUAUUUUUCAGGUAAAAGUGUUAGUCCAACACGGACUAUCGUUUUUCAGGUCGUGAACGACUUACUGGCAUAAACAUGUUCUGUCCAGUUGGCUAUAUAGCAUUACCACUUACCCAAAAUUUGUUGUCUUACACAAUUCUGUUGGCAUAAGCAUAUUAUGUGAAUCUUAACUCUUACUCUUAAGUACUGUUAGAUUUACUCAAUAAAAUUAGUUGGAGUAUUGACAAGUACGAUCUUAAUUUAUUCCCUUCGACAGAGGUGGUCCUAUAUCAUAACGACUUGAAGACUUGAACUGUACAGAACUGUAUGCC